ACUCCAGUCUGCUGGAGCACAGCACUGCUCGCUUUCUUGAGAGGAGAGAGGCAGAGAACCACAAGCCUUCUCCUCCUCCUCCAUCCGUGUGAGACUGGUACAGCACAGCACGCGUGUUGGCUGGUGGACGCAGCAGCAGUGUUAGCAUUAGCAGGAGAUCUGUGCUCAAGCUUCCAAAAUGCUCAACAACCUCACCGAAUGCGAAGAGGGCGAUGGGGGACCCAACAGUCAGGGAGAUGCGACAUCCAAAGAGAGCAGCCCCUUUAUCAACAGCAGCACCAGUGACGUAGAGAAAAGCCAGCAGUAUGAUGGGAAAAACAUGGCCCUGUUUGAGGAGGAGAUGGACACCAGUCCAAUGGUAUCUUCUCUGCUGAGCAGCCUCGCCAACUACUCCAACCUGACGCAGGGCAGUAAAGAGCAUGAGGAGGCAGAAAACAACGAGGAGGCGCGCAAGAAAACUGUGCAGGCUCCACGUAUGGGCACCAUCAUGGGCGUUUACCUGCCAUGUCUGCAGAACAUCCUGGGGGUGAUCCUGUUCCUCAGGAUGACCUGGUUGGUGGGCGCUGGAGGCGUCUUGGGAACCUUCACCAUUGUCUUCAUGUGUUGCUCCACGACUAUGCUGACUGCUAUCUCAAUGAGUGCUAUUGCCACCAAUGGGGUUGUGCCAGCUGGAGGUUCAUACUACAUGAUCUCUCGUUCACUGGGGCCAGAGUUUGGAGGGGCCGUUGGUAUAUGUUUCUAUCUGGGCACCACUUUUGCAGGAGCCAUGUACAUCCUGGGCUGCAUCGAAAUCCUUUUAAUCUACAUCGUGCCAGCAGCUGCCAUAUUCAAGAUGGAGGGUCUGGAGGGAGCAGAGGCUGAGGCAGCACUGUUGAAUAACAUGCGUGUGUUCGGUACCAUCGUGCUCUCCUUCAUGGCUUUAGUCGUCUUUGUCGGCGUGAAGUAUGUCAACAAGUUGGCCCUUGUGUUCCUCGCCUGCGUCAUUCUCUCCAUUCUCGCUGUCUACGCUGGCGUCAUCAAGACUUCUUUUGACCCACCUGACUUUCCGGUGUGUGUGCUUGGGAACCGAACUCUUGUGUCAAAGGGAUUUGACAUUUGUGCCAAGACCAUUGAGAGAGGCAAUGCCACAGUCACCACCAAGCUUUGGAGAGCCUUCUGUGACUCGGAGUUCCUGAACGCCACCUGCGAUGAAUACUUCACCAACAACAACAUCAGUCAGAUCCAGGGAAUCCCUGGAAUCACCAGUGGCAUCCUGGCAGAAAACCUCUUCAGUACCUUUAUGGAGAAAAAUUCAAUGUUAGAGAAGCGAGGUAUACCAGCAGUACUCGACCCUGAGGCCCCAGAAACCAACACUAACCGAUACGUCCUGGCUGAUAUCACCAGCUUCUUCACCCUGCUGGUUGGCAUCUACUUCCCCUCUGUCACAGGUAUCAUGGCUGGUUCGAACCGUUCUGGUGACCUGCAGGAUGCUCAGAAGUCCAUCCCAAUUGGAACCAUCAUGGCCAUCACAACCACCUCCAUCAUCUACAUGUCUAGUGUGAUUCUGUUUGGAGCCUGUGUGGACGGAGUCGUUUUGAGGGACAAAUUUGGGGAAGGUGUCAACGGUAACUUGGUUAUUGGCACCCUGGCAUGGCCCUCGCCCUGGGUCAUUGUGUUCGGCUCUUUCUUCUCCACCUGUGGGGCAGGGCUUCAGAGUUUGACAGGAGCGCCCCGUCUCCUUCAGGCUAUCGCCCGAGACGGCAUCAUUCCUUUCCUCAGGGCGUUUGGUCAUGGCAAAGCUAAUGGUGAACCUACAUGGGCUCUCCUCCUGACGGCCUGCAUCUGUGAGAUUGGCAUCCUCAUCGCCUCGCUGGAUGCAGUCGCUCCCAUUCUGUCCAUGUUCUUCCUGAUGUGCUACAUGUUUGUAAAUCUGGCCUGUGCGCUGCAGACGCUCCUCAGGACCCCGAACUGGAGGCCGCGCUUUAAAUUCUACCACUGGGCUCUGUCACUGUUGGGCAUGAGCUUGUGUCUUACCCUGAUGUUCCUCUGCUCCUGGUACUACGCCAUUGUUGCCAUGGUAAUCGCCAGCUGCAUCUACAAAUACAUCGAAUUCUGCGGGGCAGAGAAAGAGUGGGGCGAUGGGAUUCGUGGCAUUUCUCUGAGUGCCGCCCGCUAUGCUCUGAUGAGGCUGGAGGAAGGUCCUCCUCACACUAAAAACUGGAGGCCCCAGAUUCUGGUGCUCAUGAGUCUGGAUGUGGAGCAGAACGUAGAGCAGCCUCGACUGCUGUCGCUGACCAGUCAGCUGAAAGCGGGCAAAGGCUUGACCAUCGUGGGAGCGUGUGUGGAGGGCACCUACUUAAACAACCAACCACAGGCGCAGAAAGGAGACCAAUCCCUAAGGAAGCUGAUGGAGGUCGAGAAGGUGAAGGGAUUCAGUCAGGUUGUGAUCUCUUCUAACCUGCGGGACGCCACCUCACACCUGAUCCAGGCUGGAGGUCUAGGCGGCCUCCAUCACAACACAGUUCUGGUCAGCUUCCCUAGGAACUGGAAACAGGCUGAGGAGCACCACCGCUGCAGGAACUUCAUUGAGGUUGUUAGGGAGACCACUGCCUCUCACUUGGCCUUGCUGGUGCCAAAGAACAUCUCUGCAUAUCCAUCAAACGGAGAGCGCUUCACUGAAGGCCACAUCGACGUGUGGUGGAUUGUCCAUGAUGGAGGCAUGCUCAUGCUCCUUCCCUUCCUUCUGCGCCACCACAAGGUGUGGAGGAAGUGCAAGAUGCGUAUCUUCACUGUGGCUCAGAUGGACGACAACAGCAUUCAGAUGAAGAAAGACCUGAUGACGUUCCUCUAUCAUCUGCGAUUUGAUGCUGAGGUGGAGGUGGUUGAAAUGCAUGAAAGCGACAUCUCGGCCUACACCUACGAAAAGACCCUGGUGAUGGAGCAGCGGUCGCAGAUCCUCAAGGAGAUGCACCUGACCAAGAACGAGCGUGAGAGAGAGAUUCAGAGCAUCACAGACGUGUCCCGUGGCUCUAUACGGCGAAAGAACCCUUCAAACCUGCACCCCCAGAGGAGUAUCGCCGAGGAGUCUGUGGGAGGAAGUGGUGAAGAGAAAUCUGAGGAGGAGUCUGUCCGUCUCUCCCGUCCUCGACAGGUUCAGCUCAUUCAGGGAAAAAAUGCCACCCCCACCCCAACUAGCCCCACCUCCCCUACCGCUCCCACGCCAGCGGCCAUGAGCCCCGGAGAGGAGGUGCAGAUGACCUGGACGGACGAUACGGAGAAGACCAAUAACCCAGCAGUGGCCAACCCUGAAAGCAUAAAGGAUAUGUUCAACAUGAAACCGGAAUGGGAGAACCUGAACCACUCCAAUGUCAGACGCAUGCACCACGCACAGAAACUCAACGAGGUCAUUGUGAAGAAGUCCCAGGAAGCUAAACUAGUCCUGCUAAACAUGCCUGGACCUCCUAAGAACCGCACUGGAGAAGAGAACUACAUGGAGUUCCUCGAGGUCUUGACUGAGGGUCUCAACAGGGUCCUCCUCGUGCGUGGAGGUGGACGUGAGGUCAUCACUAUCUACUCUUGAGGGGCUCAGCUCAACCACCAAAUAUUCCUCACCCCUCGUCCCCCACUGCAUAGACGGAAGGUCCCAGUGACCCCAACCUACACCAUGAGCAAUAACGCCCCAGCACAUAUCAGAUGACUUUGCACUACAUAGUCUAAAAAGACACCAGCUUAGUAGAUGCCACUUCUUCCACAUGAUUAAGUUCUAUCCCUCUAUCUAUCUCUCAAUCUUCCUCUUAUUGGCUCAGUUCUCACCUCAUAAACUCAACAGCUUAUGUCACACACAGAUCAGUAAAUGAUUGAGUUGGUCUUUUCUGACUAAUUUCCAAAAGCCCAUGUUCUCCAGUGGCACCUGACCAAAUACUCUGAUCCAACUUCUCUUUAUUUAAUAUUAUAUAUCAUAACAAUACUUUUAAGGGACAGUCACACUGGAUUUUAAACAUGCAAAACCACUGUAUUUUUGGUGGGCACUUCAAAACAGUCCAUUUUAAAUGUCAAAAUGUGGCAUUUGUUCUGAUUCAUCCAGCUUUCUUUAAAAGUUUGUUUUUAUCUAAACUUGUAUUAUGCUGUCUUUCAAAAGUUGGGGGUUAGUAAGAUUUUAACAUGUUUUUGAAAGUUUAUU